UUUAAAGAAACCAUUAUCGUAAUCCCGUAGCAUAAUAUAACAAUUUCUUUAUUUAUUGGACAGUGUGACGGCGGACGAGUGACGGUGCGUCAGUGCGGAUCUGCCCUUAGAUACCGAUAUUUCCAUAUAAUCCAUUGAGUGCAGUUAAAAUGAUAAACACACAUUAUUUUACAUUUUAUUGUCACUGUCAUAAAUAUGGAACUAGCUAUCGGAUAAUACAGGGUCUGCGCGCUAAUUGUAACAAAAUAGCGACGAAAAUGAACUGAUAUUUACAAUUUGUGAUAUUAAUAGUGAAACUAGAAGAAUUUUUAUUGUUUUUUUUUUUUAUAUUUAAACUGUAAUGUGUUAGUGAACUUAGAAAAAUGGGAAAGGGAAUAAUGUCACCGUUCUUGAGACAAUGUUUCGUGACGGCAGCGGUGGGCAGCAACAUCAUUGGGCACGGCUGUGUCAUCGGCUACCCCGCCAUCCUGCUGCCUCAGCUGCUUGUACCCAACUCCGAGAUACCCAUGAACAAGACUGCAGCAUCAUGGCUAGCAUCAGUAUUAGGAGUGACCCAGUUACUGGGGAGUUUCAUCACGCCACCUAUAAUGGAGCGGUUUGGCAGAAGGAUCGCCCACUUGGCCGUCACCAUGCCAGUCCUCAUCGGAUGGUUCAUCACAAUGAUGGCCACUAGUUACGAGCCCUUACUUGUCGGAAGAAUACUCCAAGGUCUCUCUAUCGGUAUGCUCUCCCCUCUGCGAUCGAUCCUCAUCGGGGAGUACGCCAGUCCGAAGAACAGGGGCGCCUUCCUCACCACUGUCUCCUUGACACAAGCCUUCGGUAUACUGUUCGUGCACGUGCUCGGGUCCAUCCUGACCUGGCAGAAGACCGCCCUCGUCUGCGUCUUCUUUUCAUUCUUUAGUCUCAUCAUGACCAUCUACUCCCCCGAGUCUCCCAGCUGGCUCGUCGCCAGAGGAAGGUACGACGAGUGUCGUGAAGUCUUCCAUUGGUUACGAGGCGAAGAUGAAGACGCAGAGUUAGAAGAAAUGAUACACGCCAGGAUGGUGUUCGAGAAGGCAAAGCAAGAACAGAAGCUUGGCAGGAAACCAAACCGCGUGAAGACCGCAAUAGCCACGAUUCAGAAGAGGGAGUUCUACAAACCUAUAAUAAUUAUGAUUCACGCAUACGUGAUGGUGCAGUUCGCAGGAGGCACCACCAUGGCAGCCUACUCUACCACUAUCAUUACUCUGAUCAUGGGACCUAACGUGAACCCCCACUUCUGGAUGAUCUUCCUAGACACUCAGAGAUUUAUCUCCAAUACUAUAGCAGUAUUUCUCAUUAAUAAGAUAAAAAGACGAACCAUGAUGUUCCUAACGGGAGGGCUGUGUGUGCUCAGUCAGCUCGCGAUAGCUGCCUAUACUUAUUUGAAGCAGGAAGGCCUACUGACAUACGAUGCAGUGUGGAUUCCGGCGCUGCUGAUCAACCUGCAGUUCUUCACCGUCGCCACUGGCAUGCUGCCGCUACCGAACGUGAUCGGUGGAGAAGUAUUCCCUCUGGAGUACCGAAGUAUUGGAGGAAGCAUAAGCUUGGCCACCAUGUCUGCUUCCUUCUUCUUAGUGUUAAAGACUUUCUUAGGUUUAGUUGAGAGUGUAGGCAUACACGGUACGUACUGCAUAUACGCGGGUCUUCUCACAUACUGUUUACUGGUGAUCUCAAUAUUCCUGCCUGAAACUAAGGGGAAGACUUUGCAGCAGAUUGAGGAUGAGUUCCGAGGCAGGCCGCUGGCUCCUCGGGAGGUGGAGGAGAGGAUGGUGUUCCAGUCCUGCCCGGUGCUCACGUACAAGAGGAACAUGUCCGCGCGGAGGCUCAGCACUCCGCUGCUACAUUAGCUAGUGGUACUUUCCAGAUAAUCGCCAAUUGUUUUACGUUUUUGUAAAGAUUUGGAGUGAUAUUAUAGAGAUAAGCUAUCUGCACUAGAACAAUUUUUAUUAUUGUGAUAAAUAAGUAAAUACGUAACGUUGUGCACGCUGCGGCGUGAUGUCCGUGCGUCAUGUUUGACAAUAUAAGACUUUAAACGAU